AUGCGCUCCGGCUCACUUUGGGCGGACGAGCUACCGCCACCCUCGUUGGGCCUGCGCAGUCGCAGCAAUUCGUCCGCCAACCAGCAUCAGCGUCAAAAACACCACGUUGCGGGCGAAUCAGAACACGCUGCACAUGCGUCGUCCGCGUCCGGUUCGGCACCUGACGACGAGUGCGGAACCAAGCCGGAAGACGGCGGGUACGACUACAACCCAGGCGACCGGCGCUUUGUGGGGCGGGCGUUGCGCCAGCACUGGUACCAGUUCUGGCGCUUUCGCGACCCCCCGCUGCCGCCGCCGCCGAGCAUGGAAGAUGCAGGCGUGACGCCGUACGCCCGCGCCGGUUGGCUCAGCGUGCUGUUCUACGAGUGGAUGACGCCGAUGAUGGUCCUCGGCUACCGCCGCCCGCUCGAGUCGAGCGACCUGUGGCGCAUGGAUUCGCAGCACGAGGCAAAGACCCUUUCUCGCCGCCUUAACGCCGACUGGGAGCGCCGCGUGCGUGAGGCAGAGGAGAAGAACCGCAAAAUCAUUGACGGAACCACCCAGCCUGGCUUCGCGACCAAGGCAGCCUGGGCCGUCGGAAUCGCCAAGGACCGCUACCUCUUGCGCAAGGAGACCGCUCGGCGCCCGCGCAACUACUCGGGACACCACCGGCCGUCACUGAUCAUGGCCAUACACGACCAGUUCGCAUGGCUGCUCUGGACCGGGCUGCUCAUCAAGCUAGUUGGAGACGUGGCGCAGCUGACCGCGCCGCUCGUCGUGCGGCGCAUCAUCACGUACGGCCAGCAGGCGUACGCCGCGGCACAUGACCCGAUGCACACCCUGCCGGCGCCGAGUGUCGGCCUCGGCGUCGGGCUCAGCUUUGUGCUGUUCGCGAUGACGAUCAUCGCGUCGGUGUUCCAGCACCAGUUCUUCUUCCGCAGCAUGUCCGUCGGCGUCUUCUCGCGCGCGGCGCUCAUCAGCGCCAUCUUUGAGCGGGGCCUCCAGAUGAACGGAAAGGACCGCGCCGCGGGCAAGCUCACGAAUCACAUCAGCACAGACGUCUCGCGCAUCGACUUUGCCAGCAACUGGUUCACGCUCGUCGUCAGCGCGCCAAUCCAGAUCAUCAUCUGCCUCGUCAUCCUCCUCACGCAGCUCGGGCCCAGCGCCCUCGCCGGCUUUGCCAUCCUCGUCCUCGCCGCGCCCGUGCAGACUCUGGCCAUGGGACAGAUGUUCAAGGCGCGCCGCAAGAGCAUGGUCUGGACUGACAAGCGCGCCAAGGGCAUUGCGGAGAUCCUCAGUAGCAUGCGCAUCGUCAAGAGUUUCAGCUUCGAGCCCGACUUUCUCGACCGCCUGCACACCGUCCGCAAGAACGAGCUCCGCGGCAUCCGCACCCUCCUCCUCAUCCGCUCCGCCGCGAACGCCGUCGCAUUCUCCCUGCCCGUGCUCGCUGCUGUUCUUGCGUUCGUCACGUACAGCCUCACAGGCCACUCGCUGAACCCGGCCAACAUCUUCACAUCGCUCACGCUCUUCAACUUGCUCCGCAUGCCCCUCCUGUUCCUCCCCCUCGCGCUCAGCGCCACGACUGACGCCAUGAACGCAUUCGGACGCUUACAGCGCGUUUUCGAGGCGCCCCUUGUCAAAGACACUAGCGAGCGCGAGCCGGACAGCAAGUACGGCCUCGUCCUGCAGGACGCCAGCUUCCAGUGGGACCAG